AUUUCCCUUGCCGCGCCUUGCCCUGUUUUCUACUCCCUCCCCUCUUUGUCCUUGUUGUCAACAACAGCUGACAAAGAGCUAACGACAGAAACCAUGCAUUGUAUAGACCACUCAUAGAUGCCCCAAUUUAGCAACUCUCCAUCCUAUUACAUCUCUCCUAUCCUCUCCAUUCUUCCCCUUCCGGAUUUAGCUUUUCUGUUCCCUUGCCCAAAGUCACGAAACCAACCAACGCACACUGCCUAUAUAUACCAAAACAUCCAUAGCACAUAUACAUCGCAAAACGAUGAUCAAAUUCGCCGCAGCAGCCCUCCUAGCUGCCCAAGCCGUCUCCGGCGCCGUCAUCCAGCAGCGCCACGCCGAUUGCUUUUCUUCCAACAACGCAACCGCAAUCGCAACGCCCAACACCGCUAAUGCGAACUCUGUCGUCAUAGUCACAGUUACAGACUACACGACCGUAACUCCCAACCCAACUCCCCCGCCCUCCAGCACGCUCACAAAGACAGUCAUCGUAGUCGUCACAGACUACACCACCGUCGAACCGGCGCCAACGCCCUCCCUUGCACCGACCUCACAGGGAGUAGGAUACUCGGGGGCAGCAGAUAUCCCGCCAACUUCUGGGGGUAGUCCCGGUGUGAGCGAACCAGCACCGACGCCGGUGCCGUCGUUUACAUUCGUCCCUCCGUCUGGAGGGCUGAAUGCGAAUCCGAGCCCGAGUCCUUCGCCUUCUAGCCCGCGCACGAAGACCGUCGUGGUUGUCGAAACGGACUAUGUCACUGUGGAGCCGGCGCUUACGCCUUCAAUUGCGCCGACCUCGCUGGGAUGGUAUUCGGGGCCGGAGAUUCUGCCUUCGUCUGGGGCGACGGGCGGGAGCGGCACGGCGCCGUCGUCUGUAGUAGUGCCGCCUUCUUCUGGGGGAUUGGGCGGUACUUCUACGGGGAAGUUCUGUACGGCUAAGUCAAGUGGUAUUUCUGGUGGCCCAGCAACCUCUGGUGCUCCGGCGACUUCUGGUGCUCCGGCGACUUCUGGUGCCCCAGCAUCUUCGGGUGCUCCAGCAUCUUCGGGUGCUCCGGCAUCUUCGGGUGCUCCAAGCGGUGGGUUUGCAUGGCCGAGUGGUCCGGCUGCGUCUAGUCAGCCUUCAUCUACUAACGGCGUCCCGUCCGGCUCAAGUAAGAGGUCUACGGCUCCUGCUGCGUCGACUAAGCCCACACCUACUUCCGGUGUAACUCCCACCUCACGCAACGCUCCUGCAGCGUCGAGCACGCCCACGCCUACUUCCAACGUCCUAGCCACCUCACGCAAUGGGUCUACGGCACCUGCUGCCUCGACUAAACCCACACCUACUUCAGGCAACGUUCCUGCAGCGUCGACCAAAGCUCCCACGCCUAGUUUCAACCUUCCGCCCAGCUCGUUCCGUGGGACCACGGGGCCUGCUUGUUCGAAAAAGCCCACUCCCACCUCCAAAGCUUCUCCUUCCUCAGUCAAUACAGCCACGGGCGCUCCUGCAGCUUCCAGCAAGCGGUCUUCAGGGAUUCCCUUCGAAACUCCCAUUCCUGCAAGCUCUACUAAACAGCCUCUGGAGAUUCCCUACCUAACUCCCACUCGUCCUGCAGCUUCUAGCAAGCCUAAGCCCACUACCAACACUGCUCCUCCAGCAGCCGGCUCAGGUAACCCACCCCAAGCCACAUCCCUCACAACGCCCCCAGGCUACCCAGCAGCUCCACCCCCAUCCUCGAAGACUACCAAGACGCCCAAACCGAAGCCCACUACAACAACGAAGAUGAGCACCAAGCCGCCGCCCCCACCACCGUCCAGCACGACCCCGGCUGUUGUUAUCACACCGGUCAAGUCGAGUACUCCCGCGGUUAUCGUUGUGCCAAUUAACCCGACAAAUGCAGCUGUUACCGUGCCGUUAGGCGACGGUGGGGCGGAGCCGGAGCCGUAUCCCGCUCAAUUCGGUCGGGUGCAGGAGCAAGGAGUUGACGACCCAAGCGCGGACGAGGAGCCAGAGACAUACAUUCUUCCUCGAGACGACGCUGCGUACAACGAGUUGGAGCCUCUGCGUCUGCAUCGCCGCAAACCAGCAGCCACCAUCGUGGUCCCCAUUGCCCAGACGCUCGCAGAACGCGCCGUAUCCUCACCUACUCCCACAUCAAAGAAGCAUUCCAUCUUCGUGCCCAGGGUCAGUAGCACGCCCGCUCCCAGGUCCACUCUCGUCCCCAUAAAGCCGUCUUCUAACACGUCAAAGGCUCCUUCUGGGCAGCCUACACCGACAGGGAAGCCGUCGGCAGCACCGACGAAGACGGCGGGAGCUGGAGGGGAUGUAAGGACGAUCGUUGUCUCGCAGGAUCCGCGGUGUCCGUAUCCGUAUCCGGGCGUGCACUGCGGAAAGCCGUACACGACGUUGACGACCGUGACGAAGAAGACGAGCCAAAUGAAGACGAAGACGGGGGAUGAGGCGAAGAGCACUAAGUGGUGUCCCUAUCCCUACCCGGAAGGCACUGAGUGCUAAGUCCUCUGACUCUGAUAAGAUAUAAACGUUUAGCUGUUGUUGACGUGUGAUUGCUGAUAAUCCCCUUGAUAUAGGCGCAAGGAUAAGCAUCGCGGGUUGACGUUGAAGCAGACGAUCGUGAUGGUGCUUUCGCUCGAGACCGGUGCUCCGACGAACGCGAGGGCGGCGUCGGCAACGGCAACGACUUCAGUCUGUAAUGCGAUUAAUGACUUAGGUUGGUAGUGUGUUAGGAAUAUGGAAGGGAAAGGUAAGUAUCGCGCAUC